UCGCCAAACAGCUGUUGGAGCCCCGGGCUACUUGCCCCUCCCUCCUUCCUUCCCGAUCCAGGGUCCGGGCAUUUCCAGGGGAAUGUGCCCCGGAGGGAGGUGGUCAGUUGUCUGAAGUUCAAGAUGGUGAAAAGAUGGACACUUCUCUUUAUGGUCUGUCUUUCACUCAAGUGGCAAGAACAGUGUGAUGCUGCUGUCCAUCUCACAUUACCUCCAGUGGUGACUCUAGAAAAUGGCAGCUCAACGAACGUCAGCAUACAGCUCAGUGGCCCAUUAGAUACAGCGCUGGUGAUUACAUUUAACAUGACGUUCUCUUCAAAAAAUAGAACCAUAAUUGAACUCCCUAAUGAAGUGGCGGUACCUGCAGCCCAGACAGAAUCCUCUUUUGUCGUGAAAUCUAAAGCUGUUGGACAGGUUACUAUAUACCUGCAGAGUAAUAAUUCUAACCAAACUGGGCCAAGAAUCCGCUUCCUAGUGAUUCACAGUAACUUCGUUGGGAUAAUCAACCAGUUGAUUGGUUGGAUUUACUUCGUGGCCUGGUCUGUCUCCUUCUACCCUCAAGUGUAUGAGAAUUGGCGGCGGAAGAGUGUCGUCGGACUGAGUUUUGACUUCAUUGCCCUGAAUCUCACCGGCUUUAUAGCAUACAGUGUGUUCAAUAUUGGGCUCUUCUGGGUCGCCUAUGUUAAGGAGCAGUUUCUGCACCAACACCCCAAUGGUGUUAAUCCUGUGGACAGUAAUGAUGUCUUCUUCAGUCUUCAUGCGGUUGCCCUAACCCUUGUGGUCAUCGUGCAAUGCUUUCUCUAUGAGAGAGGAGAUCAGAAAGUGUCACCCCUCGCAAUUGGUUUCUUGGUGCUUUCCUGGACCUUUGUCUUCAUCGUUCUGGGCGUGGCGGCUGCCGGAGUCAUCACCUGGCUGCAGUUCCUCUUCUGCUUCUCCUAUGUAAAGCUGGCAGUCACCUUGGUCAAGUAUUUUCCCCAGGCGUACAUGAAUUUCCGCCGCAAGAGCACAGAAGGUUGGAGCAUCGGAAAUGUGUUGCUCGACUUCACUGGGGGCAGUUUUAGCCUCCUCCAGAUGUUUCUCCAAUCAUUCAACAACGAUCAGUGGACGCUGAUAUUUGGAGACCCGACAAAGUUUGGCCUGGGAUUGUUCUCCAUCUUCUUUGACAUUGUUUUCAUCACCCAGCACUACUGUUUAUAUAGGCGGAAAUCAGGGCGUCAGCUAUCCCUCAGGUUGUGAUGUCCAAGAAGGGGCAGUAGCUGAGGAUGAAGGAGAGAUCACUUUCACCUUGGAGCCUGCAGUCUUCCACCAGCUGGGGUCCUUCCAAGGGACUCUACCCCCACUGGCCUCUCCCAUGCAGCCGGUGGCUCUAGAGUACUGUCUGGGCAUCUAGGAACACACUCCCCCCACUUAAGGAAAAUGACAGCAGAAGUGUCUGCUUCUGUUCAGGAACAGACUGAACUAGGAAACGGGCUGCGGGGGAUUUCCUUUCAGAAAUUGCUCCUUUCCAACCAUGCCCAUAAGUGCCCCCAGCCCCAACUACUCUUCUCCCCCACAUGCCCACCUUCUCAAAGACAGUAGCCACCACUCCUUGUCAAUGAUGUUGAUUAAGGAAAACAGUAUUGUGUAUCCCUUACAGUAUUGUCAAACGAGCCCAAGACACAGAAUGUACUUUUAAAAUAUUGAUGCGCAGUUGAGAUAUCAACCUGAAAGGGGUCACCACGGUUCUUAGGUACCAGGAUCCUAGAGGGACAGGUCCUUAGUACUGCUUUCCUAGCCCUGAGUUGGGAAGAGAUCCUUCUGGCCCUGGACCAAUGCUGCCUUUUCUCAUACUGCCACUUAGCAUGGUUACUAAAUGGCAGGUUCCCAUCCACUCCCUGCUUUGCACAGACAUGGGCACUUGUGCCCAAGAGAAGGGAGGAGGCCCUUUUGGGAGCACUACUCAGGUCAAGAUGGUCCAUGUCUGUGUUCCCACGGUCCCUGUUUGGCUAACAAAAUGAAACUUACCCUUCGGAACUGCCAGGAAACUCUUGGGUUUUUUUUUCUUUUUAAUUCAGAAAUAGAGGCAAUAAUACUAAAGAAAACUGUACUGGUGGGACUCACUAAGUUAAAAGGUGCUUGGGUGACUUUUCAGCUGAGCUUCCUUCCACAGUGUUCCCUGAAGCUCACCCAUCCCAACAAGCUGCUGCAGCUGUCACCUUGUAUCUUCCCUCUCUCCCCGGCGUGCCUAUGCUAACUUCUUGCUGAUCACUUGGAAAUAUUUUGUAAGGCUUUUCACUAUUGUGAUUUGAAUUGAGAGCAAUAAUAGAGCCUGAAUUUUUAAUUAAAGCUUCACAAGAUGGA